AUGUUUGUGGCCUUUGUAUCUCACCAAUGGCUGGGAUUUGCCCACCCAGAUCCCAUGGGCUGUCACACGUCCAUGCUGCGGGACACCUUGCUGGCGGCGAUCGACGGGACCUUGGCGUCCGACAUCGUGACGCAGAACCGCGGCGGAGCCACGCGCAGCUUCUCCGCCGAGACGCGGCAGCAACUGGCCGAGGGGUACCUCUUUUUAGAUUGGUUCGCGAUCCCUCAGAUCACAGCCCGGAUGCCAGGCGUGAACGAGGAGGUUUGCAAGUCGGAGGCGGCCAAAGCGGUGCAAAGCAUCCCCGCCUACGUGGAGGCGGCGGAUUUAUUCAUCGCGCUGGUUCCUGAGGUGAAGCACCAGGACCGAGGGGCAUACUGCAACUACACGAGCUGGCUUUCACGUGGCUGGUGUCGUGCAGAGCUUUGGUGCCGACUCCUCUCACACAAACCAGACACUGGGGUGAUCCUCCUGCACAGCACCAAGGAUGUGAGGUAUAUGUUUCCCUUGGAUUGGCAAUUGAACACCAUUGUGGAUGGCGAGUUCACGGUGGAAGAAGAUCGUGACGUGGUCGCCAAGCUCGGAGAAGUGGCGGUGGACGAGAAGAUCCGAAGUCUCAGAGACUUGCAUGUGGUUGGAGCAUGUUGGAACAAGCAAAGGGUGUGCCUGGUGUCAAAGCUGGGUGUAGCCGGGAUGUAG